AUGAGCCGAAACGACUUCUUAAUAUCCGAUUCUACGAAUCAGGAAGACGUUCGCGGUGAUCAUGAGAAUAUUAAUAAGCCUUAUUAUGACACAUACGACCGCUGCCCAAACCACGACGUGAAGAUCAUCCUCGGAGACUUCAACGCAAAGGUUGGGCGCGAACGCAUCUUUGACCGCACCGUCGGUCAAUUCAGCCUCCAUGAGACCACCUCGAACAACGGUUUCAGGCUGAUUGACUUCUCCGCGGCGCGAAACAUGGUAGUGAGUAGCACCAGAUUUCGGCACCUCGACAUCCACAAGGCCACAUGGCUGUCCCCUGAUCAAAAAACGCGCAACCAAAUUGAUCAUGUUGUGAUAGACGGAAGGCAUGCCUCAAGCGUGAUGGACGUGCGUACGUUUCGUGGAGUCAACAUAGACUCGGACCACUAUCUUGUCGCAGCCAAGAUACGGAUGCGGCUAUGCCGAGCGAAAAACGUACGCCCCAUCACGCAACGAAAGCUUGACGUCACUAGGCUGCGAUCACAACGGACAGCAACAGCCUACUCCACUCACCUCUCGGAACUGCUCCACCAACCUACCCUUCUUCCUGUUGACGCCGGCGGACUCUGGGCGCACAUAUCCCACUCCAUGCGAGCUGCCGCUGAAACAGCCAUAGGGUUCAAGCGCCCACCCACACGGAACCAAUGGUAUGACGAGGAGUGUCGCGUAGCAGCUUCGGCAAAAAACGCCGCAUGCAGAAGAACGCUGCAGUCUGGCGCAACGCGAGCUACGUGUGAACGUUACAGGGAGAAAAGGAAGGAAGAGAGGCGGCUUUUUAGGCGGAAAAAACGGGAGAAAGAAAAGCGAGAGUGCGAGGAACUCGAGGUGUUGCAGGACAGAAAUGAUGCUCGAAAAUUUUACCAACAAGUGAACCGUCUGACACAAGGUUUCAAGACUGGAGAUGAAAACGGGAAUCUGGUUACAGAUACGCAGUGUACGCUGAGGUUAUGGAGGGCGCAUUUCUCCAAGCUGCUAGCAGGCGAUGACGGCACCAAUCCCGCCAUUGGAGGAAGCAGCCCGAUACCACCAAUCGACGACAAUGUGGAUAUACCUCUACCUAGCCAUGACGAGGUCCGAGUUGCUAUUAUGCGACUCAAAAACAACAAAGCAGCCGGUGCUGAUGGACUGCCUGCAGAGUUGUUUAAGGCCGGCGGCGAAGAACUGAUAAGGUGCAUGCAUCAGCUGUUCUGCAAAAUAUGGCUAGAAGAAAGCAUGCCCAACGAUUGGAAUCUCAGCGUCCUUUGUCCUCAUAUAAAGUCCUAUCGAGCACCUGGUAAAUCCACCAUAGACAAGAUCUUCACAACGAUACAACGUCUGCGCUGGCUCGGCCACGUUGUGCGUAUGGAUGAAGAAUCUCCAGCUCAGAAGGUAUUCGAAGCGAGAGUCGACUACGGGCGACGACGAAGGGGACGACCAAAUCUUCGAUGGAAGGACCAAGUAAAGCAGGACCUUAAUCUACUGGGUAUUUCUAAUUGGAGGAGGCGCGAGUUACCUUCUCUACCCUAUUCAUAG